AUCGCCCCUAGACGAAAAAUAAGUGGAGGAAAAUAGUGUUCGAAGUUAGAAAAUCUAUGUAAGCUCAAAGAAACGACUUCUUAGAAAGUUAAUUUUUCGGAAAUAAUUGAUACGCAGUCUGGCGGACACGUAGUGAUGUGAAUUACAAAGAAAAACAGUCGAUACAAGUUUUGCCAAAAUGCAAGAGGAAAAGGUGUAUAAUAAAAGGCUGACGGUCAGUUGGUUCAUUAUUAUGCUGGCCAACUUCUUAUUUGGUGUGAUAGGAAUCAUAGUAUGCAGCCUAAAACUAAGACACAUGGACAGCGACGAUUUCCAAAUGGGAUUUUUCAAGUUUUCCAUGGGAUUUGCUAUUUGCAAUUUGAUUUUGAGCGUUCUACUACUGGUCGCAGUACUAAAGAGGGAUCAGAAAUAUGCCUUCUUCUAUGCCCUACUGGUGUUUCUGAGUCUAUUUGCCGCUACUAUACACAUUAGCAACACCCAUAGGAAUUUUACUUUUUUAGUGAUUUUUAUUGUAUUUGCUGCCCUAUGCUUCGCAUGGUUCUGCGUCUACGGAUUUUAUCAAAUUUGGCUAAAGGAAAACACUCGAGUAACCGAAGUGGUUGUUGUUUAGUUAUUUAUUGUAAUGCUUUAUCACCUCAUUUAAAUAUAUAUACUCACGUAUUUUUAAAAUAAUAAACAGCCUUCACCACUCUACUUAGAAGUAAAUAAAAUACCGUAGCACAAUUGUAACGUUAUGUAAUAAAAUUUUUUAUAUAGUAAA